AUGACGACAGUACAAACAGUACAAACUAAAUCGAAACAUCCCUAUAGAGUUGAUGUGGUCAGAAAAAGAAAUUCUUCGAUAUUUUCGAACAAAAUCCAUAAUCUGAUUAUGUUUGCCGCAAUGCAGACAGACAGUUCAUAA